AUGUAUUCAUUCUAUUUUAUUCUCUGUUUCUUUAUUUUACUUUAUACAUUUCAUAAUACAUAUGCUGAUGAUAAACCAAAAGUUAAAAAAGAUCCAAGAGAUUUUACUGAGAAUGAUGUUAAUAAUCUAUUUGAAGAAUGGGAGGAAAAUGAUGAAGAUGUAUUACCUGAAGAUGAACGACAUGAUUUUUAUUUACGUCAUCCAUAUGGUAAACAUCAACCACCUAUGUUUAAACCAGAUGAAUUAGUUGGACAAGAUCCACAAAAUUUAUUAAAAAUGACAAAAAAAGGACAAUCAUUAAUGAUGUUUGCAAGUGUUUCUGGUAAUCCUACAAGACGAGAAACAGAAGAAAUAACACAAAUAUGGUGGGCAGCUUUAAAAAAUGCUUUAUAUGAUGUAACUAAAUAUAUUGUUGAUGAUAGUCGAGUAUUAUUUCUUUUACAAGAUGGUUCACAAGCAUAUGAAGUUAAAGAUUAUCUUGUUCAACAAGAUCGUUGUCAAGAAGUAACAAUCGAUAAUCGACCAUUUUUAGGAAAAGGAGCACAAAAUGCUCAACAAGCAAAAGCUCAAGAUUUAUAA